UGUCUGUUCAGCCACUGCUGCUAGCCAAUAAAGCAGUGGCUACUAAAAAAAGAUUAUUCCUAAAUACCAAGCAUUUAGGAAAUACGUCAUUCAAAAAUGCCGUGAGCGAGGUCUCUCGACUGAGGCUGUAUAAUUAAAAAUAUAAAAUAUGACAAUUCCAACAGAAGAGGUUUGAACUUCUUGCAUCAGGCCUCUCACACCUCCUUCCCCUUACAGAUUAAUAUGGCUGCCAAUAUGACGGGCUCAUUGGGAUUGUGCACAACACCGGCCUGUGUCCAGGCCACCGCAAGAAUACUCACCAACAUGCACCCAGAAUACAACUCCAUUGACCCAUGCACUAACUUCGACGCCUACGUCUGCGGAGGUUUCCCUGCGGAUCACCCAUUCGAAGUAACUGAUACUUUAACGGGAAUCCAGAACCGAAACAAGGAUGUCAUCGUACAGCUGCUAACUCACCCUUACAACCCACAGAGCGAUGCUACAAGCGACGAUGAAGAUGUUUUUAACAUGGUGGCCGGUGAUUUCGCUGCGUGCCUAGAUGUCGAUACGAUUGAGAAGAAUGGAUUAGCCGGAGUCCCUGAUAUAAUCGCUCAGGUACAGAAGCUAUUUCCCGUUGAGAACUAUGCUUCCAACAAAACGUUAGAGGGCAACUAUGAGAAAUGGGCAGAUGCACUCGCAUACUUGAACUCUGUUGGCGCAGCUGUGUUUGGAGACUUUGGCACUUUCGUGGAUGUGGAAAACCCCGAGUCCAUGAUUCCUGCGUUCAACUUGGUCAGCCCAACCGCCGAUAAACCUAUUCCAUCCACCUAUGACAUUUCUAGUCUUGCUACCCAGGGCAAUGUCACAACUAUUGAAGCUCUCAUCGAAGUGCUCAUACCACAAGCUGUCGAGCAAGGUGUCUCCAAACAGCUGGCGAAGAGUUUGUUAACAUUUUCGACACAAUUGGCUGGGGUAUUUGCUACCGCCUUGGCCGAUUCCACGGGUCUUGACCUGGAUGAUCUUCUAUACUAUACUACAACAGUCGAAGAAGCUGAGAAUGCUGCACCAGCAAUGGGAUUCAAAGAGGUUAUAGAACGCAGGGCGCCAGAGGGAUACUCGGUCGAGCGAAUGCAGCUCCAAAUACCGGAUGUAUGGAUGAACGUUUCCACGCUUGUCAGCCAGACAUCCACCGCUACCCUCCAGACCGUAUUGAUCUUCUCUGCCUACGGCAACUAUGCAUCCUACGUCGCAGGAUCUGUUGAUCCUACUGCGGACCGAGUUGACACAUGCGCCGAUUAUCUCGACACGAGUAUCGCUUGGAUGACUAGCAAGCUUUUCAUAGAACAAGAAUACGACGACGAAGAUCGCACGGCAGUGACUACCCUAAUGAACAACCUCCUCGCUUCGUUCGGCGAGCGCGCGAAGAAUGUGCCCUGGAUAGACGACGACACCAAGAAGCUCAUCCAGAUCAAGCUAGACGAUAUGGCUCUACGCGUGGGAUACCCUAUGGAUACGCCCGAUGCGCUCAACGCCACAAACCUGAAGGCUUAUUACGAUGGCGUGAAGAUCACAGGCUCGUACUUCUCCAAUGCACUCUCUAUCCGCAAGUGGUACUCUGAACUUGAGUGGAAAGCCCUUUCAUUCCCUGUUGAUGAAAAUACAUGGCCUAACUACGGUGUUCACUCCUGGAUCGCCAACGCCCGGCAAUGGCGUGAGAGAAACACUGCCAUCGUCCCUGCCGGCAUAUCUCAAUUCCCUCUCUUCGACCGUAAGGCGCCUAAGUACCUUUCAUACGGCGGGUUAGGCGUUGUCGCCGGCCAUGAGGUUACUCAUGGUUUCGACAGCGUCGGUCGCCACUUCGAUCAAACCGGCCGACUGCAAGAUUGGUGGUCUGACUCCAGCGCGGAAACCUUCGACAACAAGACUCAAUGCUUCGUUGAGCAGUACUCCAAGGUGCCCAUCAUUGGCUUUGACGGGGUCACUGCUAAGUCGGGCAAGAACGAAACGAUCUACGUGGACGGUGUUACCACACUCGCUGAGAACAUUGCGGACGCCGGUGGCCUGCUGACUUCGUAUGAUAUGUGGAAGAAGCUCGACAACGCGUGCCCGGAGAAAGGCUUGCCGGGCCUGGAACAGUUCACGAAAGAUCAGCUCUUCUUUAUCGCCUACGGCCAGGUCUGGUGUUCUAGACUAACACCCGCCCAAGCUGCUACACCAAAUGCACACGCACCUCCCUUUGCGCGUUCGCGCGUCGCCCCUCAGAAUUCAGCAGCAUUCCUAGAAGCUUUCAAAUGCAAAAAGAAGGAGCCAACCUGUGCGCUGUGGUAAGCGCAUUACUAUCGCUGGAAACAGCAGAAACUGUAAUCUAUGAUUUUAAUUCGUGUUUCAUAUAUUUGGGUAAUGAGGUUGGGUUUUGAUGUCAGGAGAAUGUAGUAUAUUAUUACAUAGGUAUGACUGAUGACUGGGCGCCAGAUUGUCGUUUAUUCUGAACAAAAUAAAACAGACUGCUUCUCAUCAGGCCUGUACUAAACCAUUGCGAUGAUCGUGUAUCGUCGUUUGAUUGUAACGAAACCCAACACCGCUUCUAAUUGAAACCAGAUAUUCCAAGCGUUUCGAGGUAUUCAUCAGAGAUCACCAGCUGCCCCUUGCAAAGAUCGCUAAUUCAUCUUCAUCCCUUUUAU